AGGAGAAGGAGGAGGAGGAAGGGGCGGUGCCGGGGCCAUCCCCGGUUGCCGCGGCCAUCCCCGGGCGCCGCAUCGCUGCGUGCGCCGAGCCGCCCGCACCCGCCGGCACGAUGAUCGCCGCCCAGCUCCUGGCCUACUACUUCACGGAGCUGAAGGAGGACCAGGUCAAAAAGAUUGAUAAAUACCUUUACGCCAUGAGGCUCUCCGAUGAAACGCUGAUCGACAUCAUGGCUCGCUUCAGGAGGGAGAUGAAGAACGGCCUCUCCAGAGAUUUUAACCCAACAGCUGCAGUGAAGAUGCUUCCUACAUUUGUGAGGUCCAUCCCUGAUGGUUCAGAGAAAGGGGAUUUCAUUGCACUGGACCUUGGUGGUUCUUACUUCCGAAUUCUGCGUGUGAAGGUGUCCCAUGAAAAAAAGCAGACAGUACAAAUGGAAAGUGAAAUUUAUAACACACCUGAAGAUAUCAUGCAUGGCAGUGGGACACGGCUUUUUGAUCACGUUGCUGAAUGCCUGGGAGACUUUAUGGAAAAACAACAAAUCAAAGACAAGAAGUUACCAGUAGGGUUUACGUUUUCCUUCCCAUGUCGACAAUCCAAGCUAGAUGAGGGUAUUCUGAUAACCUGGACAAAGCGCUUCAAAGCAAGCGGAGUGGAGGGAGCGGAUGUUGUGAGGCUGCUUAACAGGGCCAUCAAGAAACGUGGGGACUACGAUGCAGACAUCAUGGCUGUUGUGAAUGACACCGUGGGGACGAUGAUGACCUGCGGUUUUGACGACCAGCGCUGCGAAGUUGGCUUGAUCAUUGGCACUGGCACCAAUGCCUGUUACAUGGAGGAGAUGCGGCACAUUGACCUGGUGGAAGGGGAUGAGGGCAGGAUGUGCAUUAACACGGAGUGGGGGGCCUUUGGAGAUGAUGGGUCACUAGAAGACAUCAGGACCGAAUUUGAUCGAGAGAUCGACCGUGGAUCCCUUAAUCCUGGGAAGCAGCUGUUUGAGAAGAUGGUCAGUGGGCUGUACAUGGGGGAGCUGGUGAGGCUCAUCCUGGUGAAGAUGGCCAAGGAAGGGCUUCUUUUUGAGGGGAGAAUCACCCCUGAGCUUCUCACCAAAGGGAAGUUUGAGACAAAACACGUUUCUGCCAUAGAAAAGAGCAAAGAGGGUUUGAACAAAGCCAAAGAAAUUCUUACCCGCCUGGGGGUGGAGCCAUCCCACGAGGACUGCAUCGCCGUCCAGCACGUCUGCACCAUCGUGUCCUUCCGCUCGGCCAACCUGGUGGCUUCCACACUGGGUGCCAUCCUCAACCAGCUGCGGGACAACAAGGGGGUUGGUCGCCUCCGGACCACCGUGGGGGUUGAUGGCUCCCUCUACAAGAUGCAUCCACAGUACGCUCGGCGCUUGCACAAAACCACCCGGCGCUUGGUGCCCGACUCCGAAGUGCGGUUCCUGCUGUCGGAGAGCGGCAGCGGGAAGGGAAAGAGGAUGAGAGCAGAGAUGGAAGCAGGGCUGAAGAAGAAGACUCACGAGACGGCCAAAGUGAAGAUGUUGCCCACCUUCGUCCGCAGCACGCCGGAUGGGACAGAGAAUGGAGACUUCCUGGCACUUGACCUUGGGGGGACAAACUUCAGGGUUUUGCUGGUGAAAAUCCGCAGUGGUAAGAGGAGAACAGUAGAGAUGCACAACAAGAUCUAUGCCAUUCCUAUAGAGGUGAUGCAGGGAACAGGAGAAGAGCUGUUUGAUCACAUCGUUACCUGCAUUUCUGACUUCCUGGAUUAUAUGGGGAUAAAAGGUGCACGUCUUCCUCUUGGCUUCACAUUUUCCUUCCCUUGCAAGCAGACCAGUCUGGAUGCUGGUAUCCUUCUCAACUGGACAAAAGGCUUCAAAGCUACAGACUGUGAGGGAGAAGAUGUGGUGUAUUUACUUAGAGAAGGAAUUAAAAGAAGAGAGGAGUUUGACCUGGAUGUGGUGGCUGUGGUGAAUGAUACAGUGGGCACAAUGAUGACUUGUGCUUAUGAAGACCCAAACUGUGAAAUUGGACUCAUUGUGGGAACUGGCAGCAAUGCCUGUUACAUGGAAGAGAUGAGAAACAUAGAGAUGGUGGAUGGUGAGCAAGGACGGAUGUGCGUGAACACGGAGUGGGGAGCGUUUGGGGAUAAUGGGUGCCUGGAUGAUAUCAGGACAAUAUAUGACAAAGCUGUUGAUGACUACUCACUAAAUGCUGGAAAGCAAAGGUAUGAGAAGAUGAUCAGUGGAAUGUACCUGGGGGAAAUCGUCCGCAAUAUUUUGAUCGACUUCACCAAGCGGGGGUUCCUGUUCAGAGGCCAGAUUUCAGAGACCUUGAAGACCAGACAUAUCUUUGAAACCAAGUUUCUUUCUCAGAUUGAGAGUGACAGGUUAGCCUUGCUGCAGGUCCGAGCCAUCCUCCAGCAGCUGGGGCUCAACAGCACCUGCGACGACAGUAUCAUUGUCAAGACAGUCUGCGGAGCCGUGUCCAGGCGAGCAGCUCAGUUGUGUGGCGCUGGGAUGGCUGCAGUUGUAGAUAAAAUUAGGGAGAACAGAGGAUUGGAGCACCUGGAGAUAACGGUUGGUGUGGAUGGGACACUGUACAAACUACACCCACACUUUUCGAGGAUCAUGCACCAAACAGUCAAAGACCUGGCACCCAACUGCGACGUGACCUUCCUGCUGUCGGAGGAUGGCAGCGGGAAAGGGGCGGCGCUGAUCACGGCGGUGGGAUGCCGGCUGCGCGACGCCGAGCAGAACUGAGCCCCACCAGCCCGGCCCCCAUUCUGUCUUGUGAGCACUUUCUCAUAAAGCAGCGACUGCCUAGUCAGAACUGGU